AUGCAUCCUUCUUGCGGCACGACCGAGCCGCAGUGGGUGCAGACCUGGCGGGACAGAUACCUCGUGCAGGUCCGGCCUGGCCUCUCGCUUCCACUCCAACUCAACACAUCUCCUUUGCCCCGCGACUUCACAGGCGGUCCUAAUACUGAGGACGCUCAGCUCAGCAGCAGAAAGAGGUCAGCGUUCACCGACUUGGGCCAACAGUUUGUGGAGGGCUUGAUCACUUGGCGGCUGGUGACGUCUGGCUACAGCUCCCAGUUGGCGGUAAGUGUCCAGCGCGCCGCCCUCGCCCUCGCCUUCAGAAUGUGGUCUGAAGUCAUCCCCAAAAUCUUCAUAGAGGACAACUCUUCGAACAAUCCCAAUGACGCGAACAUCAACAUCGGAUUCGGACGACGAAGUCACCUCGGCUGCGUGACCGAGUUCGACGGGCUGGGCGGAGAGCUGAGCCACGCCCUGAGGGACGCCCGCGACGCCCAGAUCCACAUGGACGACGAUGAGCACUUCACCCUCGACUCCGACCACGGCACGAACCUCCUGAAGGUUGCGGUGCACGAAAUAGGGCACGUGCUCGGCCUGGGUCACGUGCUCAGGAACUACUCCAUCAUGUACGCCGUGUACGAGAAGGUGCUGCCCAACCAGGGCCUCGAGCUGGGCUGGGAGGACAGGAAGCUCGUCCAGAGGAUCUACGGCCGCUGCGUGGGCCAGUUCAGCACCGUCUUCGACUUCUUGCGCUGGCGCUCCGACGGCUCGCUCUCCUACAACACCUACUUCUUCCGCGGAGACCACUUCUGGAUGUACGAAAACAAGUACAACCGGACGCGCUUCGGGGACCCCCUGUACAUCGACACGGAAUGGCGCGGCCUCCCGGGCGACGUCGACGCCUACACCCACAUCUUCACCAGCACCAGGGACUCCCACCUCUUCUUCAAAGGAGAAUUCUACUACAUGAUUGACCCCGAAACCCGCAGCGUCCUGCCCGGGUUCCCUCGCCGGAUCGCGCACGACUUCCACGGGCCUCGGACGGCCAAGAAGGCCUACCCGAAGCCCAUCCCCAGCAACCUCGACGCCGUCUACUUCGAUAUCAGGGACGAGAACUUGUAUUUCUUCAAGGGACGGAAAGUUUAUGGCUACGACAUCAGGAAUGGGACCGAAGGGUGUUGUCUGCCGGGUUACCCUCGUCUCAUCCAUAACGAGUUCAUGAGAGCAGACGAAGGCUCGAGGAACCUGCCCAAGAAAUUGGAUGCGGUUUAUUAUUCCUACACUGACCAGACUCUCUACUUCUUUAAGGAACGGCUUUUCUGGGAGUUGGUGACCUUUCAUCCACGUGACACUAAGCGCACCAAUGCUGUUCUUGGGCCUUUCUUCGUGCAUGACAAGUGGUAUGACAUCUGUGACACGGACAUCGACGGCUACAAUGCAUACCGCGUGAACAGGAAAAAAUAAUGCGUUCGGUAUCCUUUGAUUUUUUUUUUACUGUUGAACUGAGAGUUUAUUAUUUAAAGAAAAUAUAGAAAAUGGUUAAAAACGUUAUCUCCUGAAAAAAAUGCAUAACAUUUAUCGCUGCAUUAUUUGCAUUGUUUUGCAAUGAAUUAAAAACAAAUUUAGGAUUUAGAAUACAGAAGCAUUAGUCUAUAUUAGUUCCUAGAAUCGCUCAAACAAUUUUCCUAAAAUAAAAGACAGGCUUGAGA